CACGUCCCCACUGCUGUCCAUCAACGUGGCACAACAAGCCCCGCCCAUUGCCCUGACGACUUCCGGCAACAACUCCCUCCCCAUCAGGCGACAAAUUCCGGCGGAAGAGCAGAGCUAUGUGUUUUAGUACAGAUCCUGGAGCAGAGACUGUCAGGUCACAUCACUCUGUUCAUUGGUGGUAGAACAGAAAGUAGAAGAUAGGGGUUUGGUGGGGUAAGAUGAGCCAGCGUGUAAGCUGAGACAACCUUUUAUCUAGGCAACUGUGCGUUGUUUUGUCAUGUGACCAAACAUUCUGAAGGUGCACAUCAUAUCCAGCUGUCUGUAAAUGAGAAAACACAAAGGAAAAGAAAGCUAUCAUGCCACGAAACUAUAUUCGAAAAACUGACUGGGGCUCAGUAACCUACGAGGAGCUGGAGAAAGCGUUCGUUGAAGUCAAGCGUGGGAAAUCUAUCAGAACAGUGGCAAAGGAAAGGAAGAUUGGCAGGUCCACCCUGCAGAGGUACAUGAAAAAGGCUGAAGAAAAAAGAGAGAAAACAGUAGGGUACAGAGGAACAGCAGAAGCCAAGAGGAUCUUGUCCGAGGAGUUGGAGGAGGAGCUCGCAGAAAACAUCAGGAUGCUGGCUGAUCGCCUCCACAGCCUUACUCCAAAGAAAUGCAGAGAAGUUGCAUUUGAAUUUGCGCAAAAGAACAACAUUCCUGUGCCUAACAACUGGGGAGAGCAGAGGUUAGCAGGUCGAGAUUGGCUCAGUAGUUUCAUAGCCCGCCACAAUCUCUACAGCCACGUAACAGAAGCAACAUCUUUGGGAAGCCAUGGACAGAUCAUCAGUUUCAGUCUGGACAACCAAGAUGAAAUCAAGAAGGAAAUCAAAGAGGAGAGUACUGUUCCUGUCCCGAUUCAGGACGCUUCAGAGGAGGAGAGCGUGGAAAUUUGUGAUUCAGACCGAAACCUGUUAGAUACUGACUUAUUUCUUACAUGAUAUUACCUUUAUAUGAUGAAACUAAAUGUAAAAAAAAAAAAAAAAAAAAAAGGUUAAAACAUUUUGAUGUUUAAUCUUGUUUGCUGUUGGUUGAAGUAUAUCUUUAAGAAUACAAGAAUAAGUGCUGCAAAAUUACUUGAAGUUUUGAUCACAUAUUAUUAAAUUAUUAUUAUCAUACUUUUGUUUUUGCUUUUACUUAUGUAAAUAUUUUUUUCUUCAAAUAAUGCAACAAGAAAUUGUCAGUUAAAAUCUUUCUGUAUCCAUAUACAGUAGUAGCCAAAAGUGAUUUCCAGUCUAGGAAAUUCGACAUAUUCAGCCUUUAUUAAAAAAUGUGUUAAAGAUUUUGUAAGC